AUGAAUAUUCCACAGGCCGCCGAUGACGACGUUUACAACAUUAUACCAAUCCACAACCUCCUAGCGGACCACCCUUCUCUCCGCUUUCCGGAGGUACGCGCCGCCGCCGCGGCCCUCCGCGCGGUUGGCGACCUUCGCCCCCCGCCGUUCUCGCCAUGGAAGCCCAGCUACGACCUCCUCGACUGGCUUGCUCUCUUCUUCGGGUUCCAGGCCUCCAACGUCAGCAACCAGAGGGAGCACCUGGUGCUCCACCUCUCCAAUGCUCAGAUGCGGCUGUCUCCGCCGCCUGACAACAUCGACACCCUCGAUCCCGCCGUCCUCCGUCGCUUCCGGCGCAGUCUCUUGAGGAAUUAUUCCAAUUGGUGCUCGUUCCUUAACAUCAAGUCCAAUAUCUGGCUUUCGGACUCGCAUUCCCGCCACUCAUCCUCUGAUCACCGCCGGGAGCUCUUGUAUGUCUCGCUGUAUCUGCUUAUAUGGGGUGAGUCCGCCAAUUUACGUUUUGUUCCAGAGUGCAUCUCUUUUAUUUUCCACAACAUGGCCAUGGAAUUGAAUAAGAUAUUGGAGGACUACAUAGAUGAGAAUACGGGGAGACCCUUUCUGCCUUCUGUAUCUGGGGAAAAUGCUUUUCUUAAUAGAAUUGUGAAGCCAAUUUAUGAUACUAUCAAGGCUGAGGUGGAGAAUAGUAAGAACGGGACGGCCCCACACUCGGCAUGGAGGAAUUAUGAUGAUAUAAAUGAGUACUUUUGGAGUAAGAGGUGCUUUGAGAUGCUGAAAUGGCCUAUUGAUAUUGGGAGCAAUUUCUUUGUGACGGGGCGUACGGGUAAAAAAGUUGGGAAGACUGGGUUUGUUGAGCAGAGGUCGUUUUGGAACUUAUUCAGGAGCUUCGAUAAGCUUUGGAUUCUGCUUAUUUUGUUUCUCCAGGUGGCAAUUAUUGUGGCUUGGGAAGGUAGGGAGUUUCCUUGGCAGGCAUUAGAGAGGAGGGAGGUUCAGGUGCGGUGCUUGACUGUGUUUUUCACAUGGAGCGCCCUAAGAUUCUUGCAAUCUUUGUUGGAUAUCGGGAUGCAGUACAAUUUGGUAUCACGGGAGACCAAGUCACUGGGAGUGAGGAUGGUUUUGAAAAGUGUGGUUGCUGCUGGGUGGAUUAUAGUGUUUGGGGUCUUCUAUGGAAGGAUAUGGAGUCAGAGGAAUCACGACCGAGGUUGGACGAGUGCAGCAAACAGGAGAGUUGUAAAUUUUCUGGAGGUUGUAGUGGUUUUCAUUGCCCCAGAGGUGUUAUCUUUAGCUCUAUUUGUUGUGCCGUGGGUCAGGAAUGUUUUGGAGAAUACAAAUUGGAAGAUAUUUUAUUUGUUGACAUGGUGGUUUCAUAGUAAAACUUUUGUGGGUCGGGGGCUCAGAGAAGGUCUUAUUGAUAAUGUCAAGUACAGCCUUUUUUGGGUUGUAGUGCUUGCAACAAAAUUUACUUUUAGUUACUUCAUGCAGAUUAAGCCGAUGAUUGCCCCGACAAGGACCUUGCUGAAUCUCGAAAAUGUUAACUAUGAGUGGCACGAGUUCUUUGGUAACAGUAACCGAUUUGCUGUUGGGCUGAUAUGGCUUCCGGUUGUUUUGAUUUACCUAAUGGACCUCCAGAUUUGGUACUCGAUCUACUCUUCGUUUGUCGGCGCUGCGGUUGGGCUGUUUGAUCACUUGGGUGAAAUUCGAAACAUGCAGCAGCUGCGGUUGAGAUUUCAAUUCUUUGCCAGUGCUAUCCAAUUCAAUCUUAUGCCUGAGGAGCAGCUGUUGAAUGCUAGGGGAACAUUUAAGAGCAAGAUAAAGGAUGCCAUCCAUCGGUUGAAAUUGAGAUAUGGACUUGGCCGGCCCUUUAAGAAACUUGAAUCCAACCAGGUUGAGGCCUAUAAAUUUGCCUUGAUAUGGAAUGAGGUAAUCAAUAUAUUUAGAGAGGAAGAUAUUAUCAGUGAUCGUGAGGUUGAGCUUUUGGAGCUGCCUCAAAAUGACCGGACAAAUCAUAAAAGCAACUGGGAAAUUCGGGUGAUUCAGUGGCCAUGCUUACUUCUUUGCAAUGAGCUACUUCUUGCCCUCAGUCAGGCGAAGGAGUUGGUAGAUGCUCCUGACAAAUGGAUUUGGUAUAAAAUCUGCAAGACUGAGUACAGACGAUGUGCGGUCAUUGAAGCAUAUGACAGCUUAAAGCAUUUCUUACUAGCAAUUGUCAAGUAUGAUUCUGAGGAGCGCUCUAUUAUCAGAACAUACUUUCAAGAAAUUGAUCAGUGGGUUCAGCUGGAGAAAUUCACGAAAAACUAUGACAUGAAAGCACUCCCCAAAAUCCAUGAAAAGUUGGUCCAUCUUCUUAAUCUUGUCCUCAAGCCCGACCAAGAUGAUGAUAAGGUGGUGAAUGCUCUUCAGGCGCUUUAUGAGGCUGCUAUUAGAGACUUACUGAUAGAUCCUAGAAACAACAGCCAGCUGAAGGAGGAUGGUCUUGCUCCUCAUAGGACAUCUGGGGAAGGUUUGCUUUUCCAGAAUGCUAUUGAGUUACCAAGUGCAAGUAAUGAGACUUUCUAUCGUCGUGUCCGGCGAUUGCAUACAAUUCUCACGUCCCGAGAUUCCAUGCAGAAGGUUCCCGAAAAUCUUGAGGCAAGGCGUCGUAUUGCCUUCUUUAGUAACUCCUUGUUCAUGAACAUGCCUCAUGCUCCGCACGUGGAGAAAAUGAUGGCUUUCAGUGUUUUGACACCAUACUACACUGAAGAGGUGCUAUACAGCAAAGAGCAACUCCGAACUGAGAAUGAAGAUGGGAUUUCAACCCUUUACUACCUGCAAACCAUCUAUGCCAGUGAUUGGAGGAACUUCCUUGAGAGGAUGCGCAGAGAAGGAAUGAAAAGUGAAAGAGAACUUUGGACAACCAGGCUUAGAGAUCUUCGACUGUGGGCAUCAUACAGAGGCCAGACACUCACCCGCACGGUGAGAGGAAUGAUGUACUACUACCGUGCCCUUGAGAUGCUGGCCUUUUUGGAUUCUGCUUCUGAGAUGGACAUGAGAGAAGGAUCUCAGCAACUUGUUUCGAUGAGGCAUAAUGAUGAUGUGGAUGGUUUUGCCUCGGAAAAAUCCCGUUCCUCGAGAGCUUUGAGCAGAGCAAAUAGUUCGGUCAGUGUUUACUUUAAAGGUCAUGAGCGUGGCACAGCUUUGAUGAAGUUCACUUAUGUGGUUGCAUGCCAGAUUUAUGGUUCUCAAAAGGCCAAAAAGGAUCCUCACGCGGAGGAAAUACUUUAUUUGAUGAAGAACAAUGAAGCACUUCGGGUUGCCUAUGUUGAUGAGGUAGCAUCAGGGAGGGAUGAGAAAGAGUAUUACUCUGUCCUGGUGAAAUAUGAUCAGAAGUUGCAAAGAGAAGUUGAGAUAUAUCGGGUCAAGUUGCCUGGUCCAGUAAAGCUUGGCGAGGGAAAGCCGGAGAAUCAGAAUCAUGCUAUUAUCUUCACCAGAGGAGAUGCUGUCCAGACCAUUGACAUGAAUCAGGAUAACUAUUUUGAGGAGGCUCUUAAAAUGCGAAAUCUUUUGGAGGAAUUCAAAUCCUACUAUGGUAUUAGAAAACCUACCAUCCUGGGAGUUCGGGAGCAUAUUUUUACAGGUUCUGUAUCAUCUCUUGCUUGGUUUAUGUCUGCGCAGGAAACAAGUUUUGUAACGUUGGGUCAGCGUGUUUUAGCCAAUCCUUUGAAAGUUCGGAUGCAUUAUGGGCACCCUGAUGUAUUUGACAGAUUUUGGUUUUUGACUCGCGGAGGUCUUAGCAAGGCUUCUAGAGUGAUUAACAUUAGUGAGGAUAUCUUUGCUGGAUUCAAUUGCACAUUGAGGGGCGGGAAUGUUACGCACCAUGAAUACAUUCAAGUUGGAAAAGGAAGGGAUGUGGGGCUUAAUCAGAUCUCUAUGUUUGAAGCUAAAGUGGCCAGUGGGAAUGGUGAGCAAAUACUAAGCCGAGAUGUCUACAGGUUGGGUCAUAGACUGGACUUCUUCAGAAUGCUUUCUUUCUUUUACACUACUGUGGGCUUUUUCUUUAAUACCAUGAUGAUUCUUCUCACUGUCUAUGCAUUUUUGUGGGGUCGGCUUUAUUUGGCAUUAAGUGGGGUAGAGGGUUCUGCCGUGGCAGAUGCAAACAAUAAUAGAGCACUUGGUACAAUCUUGAAUCAACAAUUCAUUAUCCAACUUGGUCUCUUUACGGCUUUGCCGAUGGUUGUGGAGAACUCACUUGAGCAUGGCUUUCUGAAUGCCAUCUGGGACUUUAUAACAAUGCAGCUCCAAUUUUCUUCUGUAUUUUACACAUUCUCCAUGGGUACCCGAGGCCACUACUUCGGGAGAACUAUACUGCACGGAGGUGCAAAAUACCGUGCAACUGGCCGUGGUUUUGUGGUUCAGCAUAAGAGUUUUGCUGAGAAUUAUAGAUUAUAUGCCCGUAGCCAUUUUGUGAAGGCUAUUGAACUUGGACUGAUACUCACUGUAUACGCUGCCUACAGCCCAGUAGCUCAAGGAACUUUUGUGUACAUUGCAUUGACCAUUACCAGUUGGUUUCUAGUUGUAUCCUGGUUGUUGGGGCCUUUUAUUUUUAAUCCUUUGGGCUUUGAUUGGUUGAAGACUGUGUAUGAUUUUGAUGAUUUCAUGAACUGGAUAUGGUUCAGAGGUAGUGUGUUUGCAAAAGCUGAACAGAGCUGGGAAAAGUGGUGGUAUGAAGAGCAGGAUCAUCUAAGAACAACUGGUUUUUGGGGGAAGUUACUGGAAGUCAUUUUGGAUCUCCGCUUCUUCUUUUUUCAGUAUGGUAUUGUGUAUCAAUUAGGCAUUGCAGCUGGAAGCAGAAGUAUUGCUGUUUACUUGCUUUCAUGGAUAUAUGUGGUUGUGGCUCUCGGACUUUUCACAACAAUAGCAUAUGCUCGGGACAAAUAUGCUGCCAAGGAACACAUUUACUAUCGUUUGGUUCAGUUUCUUGUCAUUAUUCUUAUAACAGUAGUGAUAAUUGGCUUGUUCGAGUUUACUGAUUUCGAAUUUCUGGAUAUCCUCACCAGCUUAUUAGCUUUUAUUCCUACUGGAUGGGGAUUUAUAUCAAUUGCACAAGUCCUUCGGCCCUUCUUGCAGAAAACGUUGCUCUGGGAGACUGUUGUAUCUGUAGCUCGCCUUUAUGACAUAAUGUUCGGAGUCAUUGUCAUGGCCCCCCUAGCUCUUCUUUCAUGGUUGCCUGGAUUCCAAAACAUGCAGACAAGGAUUCUUUUCAAUCAAGCAUUCAGUAGAGGCCUCCAUAUAUCCCAGAUUGUCGCUGGAAAAAAACCCAAGGCUGAUUUGUAA